GAAGCUUAAGGAUGUUGUGGAUGAGAAUAUCGGGGAGGAAGUGGAUGGCAAGAACGAUGAGUCGGAGGACGACGAUGAUAUGGUAGAUGUGGAGGUGCAGGAACCUGGGGAAAAGUGGGACUGUGAAUCUAUCCUUAGCACAUAUUCAAACAUAUACAACCAUCCAAAGUUGAUCGAGGAACCAAGGAAGGAAAGAAAAAUAAAUUUAACCUCCCGGCUAGGCAUUCCAAACGAAUCACUCAAGAAGUCAGGAUUGACACAGAAACAGAUAGAAAAGUCAGAAAGGGAUGCCAGACUGGCAGACAAGGCGAGUACAUACCGACCGAAGGAUGAAACGCAGCGAGAGAAGAAGGAGAGGAAACAGGCAGUUAAAGAGGAGAGAAAGGUAAAGACCUCACAGUGA